CAAACCCAACCACAAAACCCUAGCACCGUAAGCCUACACCACCGCCGCAAGGAGUGGCACACUGCCGCCGUCCGUCGCACUCAAAGUUCGCCAUCCGUCAUCUAGCUUCCAUCGUGCUCCGAUUCUUCAACCCCUGUUCUCUGUCACCGAUCGCGGCUGCUUCCUCGAGCUCGGCGUCCGUCGUCUUUGUCUGCUCAGCCGCGCUUCCGUCGCCGUUUGUUUGCCGUUCACGUUCGCGUCUUCGUUCAUCUGUCGUCUUCGUUCGUGUUCUUCGCCGUUCACGUUCACUCGGCGUUCACCGUUCGCGUUCACUCGCUGUUCACCGUUCGAGUUCGCGUUCGUCUGGAAGCCACGUUGCUCUGCUUCAAACUCUGCGACCAACCCGGGCGCUCCACCCAGCCGUCGAACUGCUCUCUUUUGUCGCCGCCACCGAUUGGACCAGUAAACCAAUGAACCAAUGACUACAGCGGUUUGAUGACCGGUCCGGUUCUCAGAACCUUGUUUCGGAACCCACACCACGCCCAGCUAUCUCACUCUCACUUUCACUCUCGAAAACGGCACUCACCUCAGCUCACCUCGGUUCACCGCCACCGCACGCUCGCCGCUGUCACCGCCGUCGCCGCGCCUCUGGCCCGAUCCUCCGCAUCGUGUGCUCGCGAAUUGUGUCUCGCCUCUCUCCUCCGACUGUGCUGUGUGCCUGGAAGCUCGCGUCUCGCCGCGCCUCCGCCGGUGAGUGCUCGAGCUGUGCUUCCUGCAGCCGUGCAGCUUAUCGUCGUCGUCCGCCAUCACUGCACCCAACGCCUGGUGUGCUCCACUGCUCGCGUCUUGCCUCUCUUCCUGCUGUGAAGCUGUGCUUCCUGGUGAGUGCUCGCGUCUUGCCCCGCCUCUGUCCCACCCUCGCCUCUCUUCCGUGGUUGUUGCUGCCUGAACUGCUGCUUGACGUCCACCUUCUGUGAACAACAGCAAUGUUCAUGAAGCUGCAACUAUUAUACACCACCAACCUCUGUUUCCAUGGACCCAUCUUUCCAAACUCAAACGCUGUUUUGGUUUCUCCACCAGAGAAAGCUGAAAAAGUUCCUCAUAGAAGCAAUAAUGGCAGCAAAGGAACCACCUUUGUCAAGCGCUAUUCUCCAGGACGUGUGAAUCGCGAGACCCAGUUGAGGAAACAAGGUUUGGAGAAGAAUUCCAAUGAUGGGGCUCUCGAAAAGAGAAAAAUAUGCGAUGAGCUGAGUGGUAGUGGUGGUGGGAAUUUGAAGGGGCACACCAAGUGUUCAACGAAAUGGGCUUCUUAUGGUGGAUGUAUCCCUGACAUUCUGGAUGCUUUGGAUACUUUCCGGGAUGUGGGUGAGGCAUUGAGUCCGUGGGAGGAGAGGAUCAACAACAAGGAGAGGAGCAUAAUCUUGAAGGAGCAACGGAGGUGGGACAGAGCAUUAGAGAUUUUCAAGUGGUUCAAGGAGAAUGGCCAUGAAUUGAAUGUGAUUCACUACAACAUCAUGAUUAGGACCCUUGGCAAGGCGCUGAAGUGGAGCCGUGUGGAGAUUUUGUGGAAUGAGAUGAAUGCGAGGGGGAUCACAGCAACGAAUUCUACUUAUGGAACUUUGAUUGAUGUAUAUAGCAAAGGUGGGCUAAAAGAGGACGCACUUUUUUGGCUUGAGAGGAUGCUUGGUCAAGGAAUGGAACCUGAUGAGGUCACUAUGGUAACUGUAGUCCAAUUAUACAAGAAGGCGGGAGAGUUUCGGAAAGCUGAAGAGUUUUUCAAGAAAUGGUCCUUAGGUAAACCUUUGAGGCCAAAUAAUAAGAAUGCAGUGGCUGCACCGGAAACAGAGAGGGUGGCAUAUUCUAAUGCUUCUUUGAGCUCACAUACCUAUAAUGCCUUGAUUGACACAUACGGAAAGUCUGGCCGGCUUAAAGAAGCAUCAGAAACUUUUGUUAAGAUGCUUAAACAAGGCAUAGCACCAACCAUUGUGACAUUCAAUACAAUGAUUCACAUUUGUGGAAACCAUGGACAACUAGAGGAAGUAAGCUUACUCCUGCGAAAAAUGGAAGAACUUCGAUGCUCACCUAACACAAGGACGUACAAUAUUCUUGUCUCCAUCCAUGCCAAACAUAAUGAUAUAACUGGUGCAACGAAAUAUUUCAAAAGGAUGAAGGAGGCUUGCCUUGAGCCAGAUCGUGUGAGUUAUCGUACCCUCUUAUAUGCAUACUCAAUAAGGAAAAUGGUUCAUGAAGCUGAAGAGCUUAUAUCAGAUAUGGAUAAGAGGGGCCUUGAAAUAGAUGAAUUCACCCAAUCUGCGUUGACUAGGAUGUACAUAGAAGCAGGAAUGCUUGAAAGGUCCAUGUUUUGGUUUUGGAGGUUUCAUCUCGCUGGCAAUAUGAUAUCCGAGUGUUAUGCUGCCAACAUUGAUGCAUAUGGAGAGCAUGGACAUACUUUAGAAGCCGAGGAAGUCUUCAUUCAAUCCCAAGAAAGGAAGAGUCCAAGUGUUCUUGAGUUUAAUGUGAUGAUUAAAGCUUAUGGCAUAGGGAAACGCUAUGAUAAAGCAUGUGAAUUGUUUGAUAGCAUGCAGAGACAUGGGGUAGUUGCAGACACAUGCAGCUAUAGCUCUCUCAUACAUAUUUUAGUCACUGCCGACAAGCCGCAGAUUGCUAAGUCAUAUCUGAAAAAAAUGCAGGAGGCAGGAUUAGUGAGAAAUUGCGUCCAAUAUAGUGCUGUGAUUUCCAGCUUUGCAAAACUAGGGCAAUUGGAAAUGGCAGAUGAUACAUAUAAGGAAAUGAUUAGGUACGGUGUGCAGCCAGACGUCAUAAUUUAUGGGGUGUUGAUCAAUGCUUUUGUUGAUGUUGGAAGGGUUAAAGAAGCCAUUGCUUAUGCCGAUGAAAUGAAAAGAGUCGGGUUGCCAGGAAAUACUGUCAUUUACAAUUCUUUGAUCAAGUUGUACACAAAAGUUGGCAACCUAAAACAAGCAGAAGAAACAUUCAAGUUGCUUCAAUCAUCAGAAGGAGGUGCUGCUGUAUGGUCUUGUAAUUGUAUGAUUGAUCUUUAUGCUAAGCAAUCUAUGAUCGACCAAGCGAAGGGGAUAUUCGAGACAUUGAAGAGAAAGAGAGCUGCAAACGAAUUCACAUUUGCAAUGAUGCUAAGUUUGUACAAGAAACUUGAGAGGCUUGAUGAAGCCAUUGAAAUUGCAAUGCAGAUGAGAAAAUUGCAGCUCUUGAAGGAUCCGAAAAGUUACAAUAGUGUGCUUGAUCUGUAUAUCAUUGCUGGGAGAGCCAAGGAUACGAUAGAUACCUUCAGGGAAAUGGUAAGAGCUGCCAUUAAACCUGAUGAUUGUAGUUUUAGAUCACUUGGAAAUCUUUUGGUGAGAUAUGGAGUGUCAAGGGAAAGUGUUAGAAAAUAUGAAAUGUUGAUGAAAAAGGAUCCUUCCCAUGGUCUUCAGGCAUGGACUUCAGCACUUUCAAGUGUUCUUGAAGUAGAUGAUGAUUCUGAUUCUGAUUGUGAUAGUGAAUAGAUAUGUCAUCUGCAAAGACCUUGAUAGAUUUUGCAGAAUUUUGUUUACUUAAAUCAUAUCAUCAUAUCAUGUAUAUAAACCAGCUAGCUAGGUAUGAAAUAUAAUAUUGGAAUU